AUGUCAACAGCAGGAAUUGCUGCUCAGGAGAUGAGCGUCCCAUUGAACGGAUUUCUGCAUAAUGGCCAGGCCGUGGGGAACGGGAAGACCUGCUGGGGCAGUCGCAGUGAGUUUGGAAAUAACUUUUUAAAUAUUGACCCAAUAACCAUGGCCUGCAGUCUGAGUUCUCAGGAGCACCUCCCGUCCAUCGGGCACGCUUCACGGUCUGCUCCAGUGAAUGGCUGCUCCUUUGCGGAAAGUGGUCCCUCUCAAAAGUCCAGCCUGCCCCCUCUUAUCAUUCCCCCCAGUGAAAGCAUGGGACAGCGUGAAGAGGAUCAGGUUGUCUGUGGCUUUAGGAAGCUCUCAGUGAAUGGGGUCUGCACUUCCACGCCACCGCUUACACCCGUAAAAAACUGCCCUUCCCCUUUCCCUUGUGCAGCUCUCUGUGAACGGGGCUCCAGGCCCCUCCCGCCACUGCCCAUCUCAGAAGACCUCUCUCUGGACGACACAGACUGUGAGGUAGAAUUCCUAACUAGCUCAGAUACAGACUUCCUUUUAGAAGACUGUGUACUUUCUGAUUUCAAAUAUGAUGUUCCUGGUAGGCGAAGCUUCCGUGGAUGUGGACAGAUCAACUAUGCAUAUUUUGACACCCCAGCUGUUUCUGCAGCUGAUCUCAGCUACAUGUCUGACCAAAAUGGAGGUGUCUCAAAUCCAAAUCCUCCUCCACCUCAAACCCACCGCAGAUUAAGAAGGUCUCAUUCAGGACCAGCUGGGUCCUUCAACAAGCCAGCCAUUCGGGUGUCCAGCUACACCCACAGAGCCUCUCCUAACUCUGACGAAGACAAGCCCGAGGUUCCUCCCAGGGUUCCCAUACCUCCCCGGCCAGUAAAGCCAGAUUAUAGACGGUGGUCAGCAGAAGUCACUUCUAGCACCUACAGUGAUGAAGACAGGCCUCCCAAAGUGCCACCGAGAGAACCUUUGUCAAGGAGUAACUCACGCACACCAAGUCCUAAAAGCCUUCCAUCUUACCUCAAUGGGGUCAUGCCCCCGACACAGAGCUUUGCCCCUGAUCCCAAGUACGUUAGCAGCAAAGCCCUGCAAAGACAGAACAGCGAGGGAUCUGCCAACAAGGUUCCUUGCAUUCUGCCCAUUAUUGAAAAUGGGAAGAAGGUUAGUUCAACACAUUAUUACCUACUACCUGAGAGACCACCAUACCUGGACAGAUAUGAAAAGUUCUUUAGGGAAGCAGAAGAAACAAACACGGGCACGCAGAUCCAGCCGUUACCUGCUGACUGCAGUAUGACUUCCAUCACAGAAAAGCUGGAUUCCAAGGCAAAAAUGGACCUGGGCGGCCACGGGAAGCGGAAACACUUGUCCUAUGUGGUUUCUCCCUAGAAUGGGAGUCGAGGUUCAGCAGAAGUUAUGGGGGAACAGAUGGUUCUCAGUUUUCCAGUUUGAUCAAGGGUCAGAGGACAAUCUGUCAGAUUGUAACCUGAAAUAGCUGAACUCUUGUAUUAAAGAGAAAGGGUUAGAGCAGUUGUGAGGUGCUAUUCUGAGACUCCCUGCUUUUGUUAGCAUUGAAGAAAAAGUCUAUAAUUUAAAGAUGUGAUGGUGGGAGGGGAGGAUGGGGAAACUUCUAUAUAUGCAUACAUUAUAUACCUAUGUAUAAACUUGUGGUAUAACCAUAGACCUUAGCUGCAGGUCAACCAGUUAGCUACUGUCUUAGAGUAAUAUACAUGCAGAAUAAUAAGAACUUGAGCUGGAGGAAUGGUCCUGUUAGACUUAAAAUUGAGCAAAUGGAAGAAAAAAACAGUGUUGUUUAGAUCAGACUCAUAAAGAGAAUUAUUUGUGUUUAGCAGGUUUGAAGAGGCCUUGAGGCCUCCUCUCUCUCGUUUCAGUCGUUUUGCAAGCGCCUUCUCCAUCGAGAGCAGAGCAUGGGUGCUUCGCCAUGCCUACACCUGCUGAGUUUCAGAAUCACCCCCAAGGCCUGACACUUGUAGGUUUCAUUUUCUGUCCUGUUGAGGGGAGUGAUCACAGUUUAUUCAGCAACCAUAUAAUCACCUGUGUCUCACAUCUUGAAAAAUGGAAAGAUAGAGAUUUGGUAAUAUCUCCUUACAGCUCCUGCUUUCUUCCACCCGCUGACAUGGCCCGUUGUGGUGUGGCCUUAAGACAGUGGCAUGGGACAGUCAGCUGGAAAGGCACACUAGCUGCCAGCGUUCAGGAUGGAAGUUUCGCAAAGUAGCGAAGCUGUUGGCUGUGCGACUGAGAGUUAUUGUGGGGGGGGGGGGGGUCGUGUUUUUUUAAGACUGUAUUCAUAAACAGAUGCAAUACAAGCUGGCCUUGUAUUGCUGGUUCCUAUUCAGUAUUUCCUGGGGGAUUGUUUGCUUUUAAGUAAAACACUUCUGACCAACAGCACAGCGUGUCCUAAUGCCAGAGGUCACAUCAGCAUCUUCCUGCUCUGAAAACUCACAGCUGGCUGCUUCACUGCCUCUAGAGUCAGUGAGCCACCACCUGUGUUCGUGUGUUCACAUCCUCUGAUGCGUUUGUCUUGUGCAGAUGGCACUGCAGAGAAGGUGCUUCUAACAGGGACAUGACUGCAAUGUUCUCUUAACAGUUCAACAAGCUGUUUACAAUUUAAACUGCUGAAUGAUAUUAUUUGAGCUAUUUAAAGCUUAUGAUAUUUUAGUAUGAACUAAAUGAAGGUUAAAACAUGCUUUAGAAAAUGCACUGAUUUCUGCAUUAUGUGUACAGUAUUGGACAAAGGAGUUUAUUCAUUUUGUUGCAUUAUUUUGAAUAUUGUCUUUUCAUUUUAAUAAAGUUAUAAUACUUAUUUAUGA